AUGGAUCAUAUAAGUGAACAAGUUGGAUGGGAUUCUAUGGAGAAUUUGGAAAUUAAAUACGACAUUUCUACAGAGAUGAGUACUAAUAUUAAAGACGUUAUUUGCAAAGGGAGUCGUAUAGUACUACCAAAAAAGUUCGAAGCUAUAAUUCAUAUUUUAAAUUACACGUAUACAGAUGUCAUUCACACAUUUAUUGAUCAUAUUAGCGCUAUAGCUAAACGAUGUCAAGAAUAUUAUGACUUCAACCAGGGAGAUAAUUUUUUANACCAGUGUCAAGAAUAUUACGACUUAAACCAGGGAGAUAAUUUAUUAAGUUGUACAGUUUUACUUCAAAGUGUUGUGGAAAAUUCGAAAACCAUGUUUGAACAGUUAUACAAUGUAAUGAACUAUCUUAGCAACAUCGAUUUUAAACUAUUAGUGAGUGGAAAACAAACUUUCUCAAUACCUAUUAUAGAUGAAAUUUAUACAUUUGUAGAAUUUGCAACACUAAAAAUUCAACAAAAUACUCAGAUUUUUAUCGACCUAAACGAUCCCAAGACAAAAGAAGAUGCUUAUAAGGUUAUUUUAGAUGUGAACAGUUUUAUGGAAGGGAAAGGUCACGAGUCCUACCAAAAAAUUAAACAGAAUAAUAGUUUAAUUAUUUACAAUCAUAAACCAAAGUGCUUACUUGAAGAGAAUCUAAAAGACUAUAAUGCACGACAAAAUAAAAACAUUGAGUUGAGCUAUUAUUUAAGUGAAUGGCUUAACAUGUAUUAUGAUGAAAUUUCUACAAAUUUCUACAAAAAUCUUGGUUUUGAACAAGUUUUAGAUUUAAAUGAGAAAAGUAGUAUCAAACAUCCAGUUCAUAAAUAUAAUAAUAUUAGUCAAAAGGAUAAAAUCGAACAAUUAAAUGCAAUUACUAAUGAAAGUGGAUGGAAAUCAUUGAAACAUAUUAAUAUUGUAUUUAAUGACCAAGUUAUAAGCGUAGACCGUAUUCUUAGACACCCAGCAGACAAACUAAAUUUUCAUUGCAAAAAACAACAUUUAUUAAGAUUGAUCAAGUGCAUUUAUACAGAAAUAAUGAUUAAGUAUUAUGAAUAUGUAAAUUUUAUAUUAAAUUUUUGUGAAUCCGGAAUUGUAAAAACUAAUGAUUUAAUAUAUAUAAAUUUUGUGCGACAAAUUUUUGAUGCAGUUUAUAAGUCAAUGAAAAUGUUUGAAGUAAUGUAUAAAACAUUGGUUACUUUAAAUAAACUAAUAGGAGAAUAUUUGCAUGACAACUACAAUUCGAAUUUAAAAUGUUUGUGCACUUCAAUAACCAAUUUACUUGGGGAAAUAAAGUCAGGAAAUUAUAUCCUGGAUGUUUUGGAUAGCAAAAGUGAUAACAGUAAACAGAAAUUAACCCUAAUUAACGCAAGAAACUACUUACAUACUUUCUCAAAAUUUCUAAAAUUUAACAAAUCGAAAAGUCAUCCAUUAAAUAGAAUGCACGAAAAACAAUGUCCAUUACGAAAUUUAUUGUUAAACAUUGACAUACCUUUAUCAAUAAAUACCGACAAUUUUUCAUCUGCUUGUAACGAACUAAUUGUAUUUUCUAAAAAUGUUAUAAAAGUUUACUAUGAAGAAUUAGGUUUAACUAAAUUAAAUCAAUUUAUUCAUUAAUGUUUUUUAGGUUCGAUAUCCA